AGAGAGAGAGAGAGAGAGAGAGAAACAACGGGGCCGCCUAGGAAACAUUAGAAACACUCUUCUUCCAAAUCCGCGACUCAGUCCAGAGGAAGAGAAAGGGAACGAACAAAAGCAUUCUUUGCUUUCAUUUUAAAAGAAGAACGAAAUAGCAACACGCUUGUCAGGGAGCCAUUUGCUCAACUCAAGCAGAAAGAGCUGAGAGGACGGUUCAUCAUCUGUCCUCCACCACCAAGUAAAAGAUUGCGUGAAUGUUGUUGCAAGCAUCAAGAGGAAUCCAACAAAAACAGCACGACAAUGAGGAUCGCGUGGCUGCUGCUUUCACUCAGCUCCCUGGUUCACUGUUCAGAUUCCACUUCUGAGAGUCCAUCUACUACUGAAGAUGGACCAUGGACAACUGCAAAUACAACUGCUGUAACAAAUGCAACUGUAGUGACCCCCAAUUAUGUCCCAACACAACCACAAUCAUCCCUUACAAACAACCCAUCAUCAACUCAUGAAAACAACAAUAUUGCUCCUACCUUUACCACCCCCACAGCUACAAUAUUAGCUACAACAGCUGCAACUGCUCCAACAUUAAUAACAGCCACAACAAAUGGCAGUGAUAACUUGUUACAGACAGAGGUCUCACCAUAUGCCACAGUAGGACAACAACCCACGACUCACCCCACCACUGCUUCUGAGAUCAGCAAAGGAGAUACAGAGAAAACAACUAUGCCUGUGACAAGUAACGGGAGGGGAACAUCAGGGGCCACACAGCCGGCUGGGAAGCCAGAGACCACCACCAUCCCCCCCACUCUAACCACAAGAGGGUCUCUUGCAUCUGAAACCACAAACACAAGUGGAACCACAUCCCAGCAAACCACCACCUCCAUGGCCAUUACCACAGAGCAUCAGCAAAAGAGAUUUGAGUAUUCUCUAAACAACAAACUGGAGACAGACAAAGACAAGGUGCUGGUGGAGGUGUGCAGGCAACUGAUGGCAAAUUUGGAAGAUGGAAACUGUACACUGAUAUGGAAACACCAAAAUGGCAAAGUACAGUUUGAAAGUGUGGAGAUAAAUGGAAAAGUGAAACCCAGCCUCGCAACCCAGUAUUAUGAGGAAUUCUCCAAGAGGCCAGCAGAUAACAAAACCCUAAUUGCCAUCCUGGCCUCCUGUGGAGCUCUGCUCAUCAUGAUCGUCAUCCUUGCUGUUUGUGCCUCACACCACCGGAGGCCAUACAAUGAGAAUCAGCAACACCUUACAGAGGAGCUGCACACUGUGGAGAAUGGUUACCAUGACAACCCUACGCUGGAGGUGAUGGAGGUUCAGCCAGAGAUGCAGGAGAAGAAGGUUGCGCUAAAUGGAGAGUUCAGUGACAGCUGGAUUGUCCCCAUUGACAACCUGAUCAAAGAGGACAUACCUGAUGAGGAGGACACCCAUCUGUAGGCUGGGAGAGGCAAAGAAGGGAAGGAGAGGGUGAAAUGACCUGGCCCAAACAAAUAAAAUAAUUCUCACUCCCUGCACACACAGAUCUUUCACUCCUGGCCAAGGGAUUGUGUCCCUUUAGCUACAGAGGACCCUGCUACAUUUACCUGCAUUAAGUAGAGUAACCAAGCUACCAUAUUAAUGCAGUUUUUCUGUACAUUCAGUAUCCUCCAGAAGACAACUUGUCCGUGUAAUUUAUAACAUUUUUGUUACUCAGCAAAUCCAGACCUAUAGUCCUACACUGCAAAUGGUAUUAUGUGUGUCCAUGUACUGAUCUAAAAAAAUAAAAUAAAACCCUAAUUGUUAUAUUCUACAUUAGCUUUUGCAUGUGUGGAAGCACAAAUAUGACAUAUAUGUAUAUUGCAUGCACUGCUGCAGUUCCACAGAAGCUAUCCAGCUCAGGAUACCCCAAUCAUCCUGGCGACUUACUUGGUCUGGGCUAUGACUUGAUUGUUGUAGUGGUACAUCUAAACAUUUACCUGAUUCAGAAAAUACAAGAAUGCAGACUAUGUUUAUGGCAGAUGAGUUUAUGAUACUACAACAAAUUGUGACUACUUGAUAUAAUCUAAAAUGUUGCUAAAUGCCCUUUCCAAGUAGAAAACAGACAUGCAACAUAAAGUAUUCAACAAGUUGGAGGCUUGAGAGCUCCUGAUGGCAGGAAAUCCAGACCUGGAUUAACCAUGGUUUUAUCUCUCCUCUAAUCCAAAGAUUAAGCUUUCUUUCCAGGUAAAGCCAGGAUCACAUUCACACUGCAAAGGAUAUUAUGAGUGUCCUUGUAUUGAUCCAAAACAAUUAAAUAAAGCAGCUCAUUACUCACUGUAUCUAUUGUUGCACUCAAGAGGAGCUUAUUAUCUUGUAAUUGUAACAUAUACACAGUAUAAAGGACAUCCUAAAUGUUAUAUGAUGGUGAGUGUUCAAAUUGGCUUUUCUGAUAAACAUGGUAAGCAAUCCCAUUUGAUUGCAGCAUACUUAUAUAGAAGGUUUAGCGUUUCCAGUGAUACUCAUACAUUUGUUUCUUUACACACAAAAAAGCCUUGAGGAAGCAAUUAAAAAAACUUUAAGACCUCUAAAGUUGAGGAAAAUUAUUUCAUGUUACAAAUGAUAGCUUGGUCCUUUGCUAAAGUGCAGCUGGAGCAGAGGUUAUGAAGUUAUUUUACUGUUCACCCUGAUUGUCUGACUGAUAAGUUUUCAUAAUCAUGUUGGACUGUAUGAUGUAAUAACUGAUGCUAUGGAAGUGAUGCCAAAGCUGCUAAAAUUAUACUCAGGUUUUAAUAAUGAGGAAUUAUUCAAGAGUUUUCUUGGGCUAAUAAUAUUUUUUAUAGUUUUUACUUGCUUUACAAGGUGCAAAGCAGGGAAGCUGUAUUAGAGCAGACAAAAGUAUCUCUCUGAAAUGCACUACACUGACAUUUAUAUAAUAGUGGAAGGCAAUUACAAAAUAGUUGAUCAGUAAUGCCAUAAAAAUGCAGCCUGAUAGUGUUGCUGAUAAUGGCAUAAAAACUCUCACCUUAACACCAUUCUUUCUUUUGAGUUCUCUCUAUAUAUGCAUAUAUUAUGUGUGUGUGAGUGUAAAUUUAUGUGUAUGUAAUGUAUGUAAUGUUUUAUACAAAUUAAGUAAAUGCACAACUGGCACUCCUAUCCACCUUUUUCUUGUGUGUAUUUGCAUGUCUGCACUCUUCAGUUAUUAUAUAGCCCACCACCCCCCACCACCUUUUUUUUUUUUUUUUUUAACCCAAAGUACUUUUACCAGUAUUUGAUAUAUUUGUGGUUUGUUUGCUGCUAAAGGCAAACAGCAGGGGUCUGACACACUGAAGCUGUAAAUUGUCAACCGCCAUGGCGGUCAUCUGCAAAUAAAGAAAGCAUCUUUCCACUUGG